AUGGGGGAUCGAGGCCAAGCCCCUAGUCCCCGGUCCCCCCAUGGCAGCCCCCCAGCUCUAAGCACCCUCACUCUACUGCUGCUCCUCUGUGGACAGGCUCACUCCCAGUGCAAGAUCCUCCGCUGCAAUGCCGAGUACGUCUCGUCCACUCUGAGCCUUCGGGAAGGGGGCUCAUCGGGCACGCCGCGUGGAGGAGGCCGUGGUGGGCUGGCCUCGGGUGGCUUGUGUCGCGCGCUGCGCUCCUAUGCGCUCUGCACUCGGCGCACGGCCCGCACCUGCCGCGGGGACCUGGCCUUCCACUCCGCGGUGCACGGCAUCGAGGACCUCAUGAUCCAGCACAACUGCUCCCGCCAGGGCCCCACGGCCCCGCCCCCGGCCCGGGGCCCCGCCCUUCCCGGAGCUGGCCCCGCCCCCCCGACCCCAGACCCCUGCGACUACGAGGCCCGGUUUUCCCGGCUGCACGGAAGGGCCCCGGGCUUCUUGCAUUGCGCCUCCUUCGGGGACCCCCAUGUGCGCAGCUUCCACCACCACUUCCACACAUGCCGUGUCCAAGGAGCUUGGCCCCUGCUGGAUAACGACUUCCUUUUUGUCCAGGCCACCAGCUCCCCCGUGGCAUCCGGGGCCAACGCUACCACCACCCGGAAGAUCACCAUCAUAUUUAAGAACAUGCAGGAAUGCAUUGACCAGAAAGUCUACCAGGCCGAGGUGGACAAUCUUCCUGCAGCCUUUGAAGAUGGCUCUGUCAAUGGAGGCCAGAGACCUGGGGGCUCGAGUUUGUCCAUUCGAACUGCUAACCCUGGGAGCCACGUGGAGAUCCGAGCUGCUUACAUUGGGACAACUAUAAUCAUUCGACAGACAGCUGGACAGCUCUCCUUCUCCAUCAGGGUAGCCGAGGAUGUGGCGCGGGCCUUCUCGGCUGAGCAGGACCUGCAGCUGUGUGUCGGGGGGUGCCCUCCGAGUCAGCGACUCUCUCGCUCAGAGCGCAAUCGGCGCGGGGCUAUAGCCGUAGAUACCGCCAGAAGGCUGUGUAAGGAAGGGCUUCCCGUUGAAGACGCCUACUUCCAAUCCUGCGUCUUUGAUGUUUCAGUCUCUGGUGACCCCAACUUUACUGUGGCCGCUCAGACAGCUCUGGACGAUGCCCGAGUCUUCUUGCCGGAUUUAGAGAAACUGCAUCUUUUCCCCUCAGAUGCGGGGCCUCCUCUUUCCCCAGCAACCUUCCCAGUACCGCUUCUUUCAGGCCUUUUUGUUCUGUGGCUUGGCGUUCAGUAA